AUGAUCCUCAAGACGCAGAUGAAGUACCUAGGCCCGGGCAUUACCAUGUCUGUGGCUUACUGCGACCCCGGAAAUUGGGCUACUGACCUCCAAGCCGGUUCGCAAUUUGGAUACCCACUCCUCUUCAUCAUCAUCCUCACCGGAGUAUUCGGCAUUAUCCUGCAGGUGCUCGCACUCAGGAUGGGAAUCGUUUGCAAUAAGGAUCUAGCUGUUCUGACACGAGAGUGGGUCCUUUCGCUCGGCAAGGACAAGCGGCGGCCCAGCGCGUCCCAUGAUCGAAGAACACAGGGGUCACAAGAGACGGGUGCUCCCUUACCACCUACUCGCAAGAGUGUAUGGGCGCAAAGAGGACGACUCGCCUUGCUCUGGUUGCUGUACUUUGUGGCCGAGGCCGCCAUCAUCUGUACUGAGCUGGCAGAGCUUGUGGGCAGCGCCAUUGCGCUGAAUCUCCUCUUCCCCCGCCUCCCGCUCUGGGGCGGUGUCUUAGUCACCUCGGCAGACGUCUUCCUCAUCCUCCUCAUCUACAAGCCCGACACACGUAGCCUUCGCGUCUUUGAGUUCUUCGUCGCCAUCCUGGUCUUCAUCGUCAUCAGCUGCCUCAUUGCUCUCGUGGUGCGGGUAGACCCACACUGGCCCGACGUCUUCGAGGGAUAUCUGCCCUCCGCAACAAUUGUGCAACCCCAGCCGCUGUAUGUCGCCAUCGGCAUUCUGGGAGCAACCGUCAUGCCGCAUGGUCUGUUCCUAGGCAGUCACUUCUCCUGUUUCGAAAGGGAAGCACCGAUGACCAAGAAGGCGGGAUCGUCUCGAAGUUACGACGAAGAGGAGCGUGAAAGUCUCGACACUGACGAAGAACUGGCACAGCCCAGCCAGCUUCAAGCGGUCAUUCCAGGCACGACUUUUACUCAGAGACUGCAUCGGAUGCGUGCCAAAGUGAUGGCCGCCUUCAACGGUGACACAUCCUCUGCAGCUGACUUUGAAGAAGAGGCAAUGAUCACGCCUCCAGCAAGGGACUUGUCAGCCAUCAAGCGCCGCGUCGUGCACUCGACGAUUGAUGUGGCAGUGUCGAUGAUCCUCUUUGCCAUCACGACCAACUCUGCUCUUCUCAUCAUUGCUGCGCAGGCCUUCUUCUUUGGCCUGGACGGCUCAAGUGGUGCGCGUGGUAGCCUGGUGGUUGGUGACCUCUUCCAGGCAUUUGAGCUGAUCAAGGAGCGGCUGAACCACGUCUUCGCCAUCCUCUUCGCCGUCGCCCUCCUCGCCUCGGGCCAAUCCGCCUCGAUCACCGUCACCCUGGCGGGGCAGGUCAUCUCCGAGGGGAUGAUCAAGUGGAAGACGAACCCCUUUCUGCGUCGAUGUCUGACGCGAGGUAUCACCCUGAUCCCUUCCUUUGCGGUUGCAGCCGGUAUUGGGAGAGCCGGGCUGGAUAAACUGCUCGUCGCAAGUCAAGUAGCCCUCUCGAUGGCCCUACCUUUUGUUCUACUGCCCCUCCUCGCCAUCACCGCCUCCAAGUACUGGAUGAGCACCGAAAUUGUGCCUCCAUUCCCGGCUGAGAACGAGGGCGAGAGCGGAGGCGAGAAUGAGAACUACUUGCAGCAUCGGGAGGAGCGUCCGCUGCACUUGAACACGGAAGCUCCUGCCUCUUCUUCUCCUCUACAGUCUACUGCUGCUGUCGGGCAUCAGCAGCGCUGGCGCUUCCAGCCCAGUGUCCUCCUACACUGGUCCUGGUGGACUCGCGGUGCUGGCCAACUAAACGAGGAGAGGUUUUCCCGCCCUCUGGCACCUAGCGGCGAGACUGUCUCGCCGAUGGAAGCGGCAGCUUCUUGCACUCCGCCUCGGCAUCCUCGUAUGCAUAGUCUGGCCUCGCCGACGAAGUUUUCGACGCACUUUGCAAAUGGAUGGAUCAUGAUUGCAAUCACGAGCGCAAUCUACGUGAUCAUCGCCAUUUCAGACGUGUACGUCAUUGUCACUACUGCUCUUGGCACAGGAGGGACUUGA